CACUUCAAACUUUCUCGAAUUUUCUCAAAAAACAAAUAUCAACACAAGCUUUUAAGUUCUUAAUAUCAGAAAUGGCUCGUACUAAGCAAACAGCAAGGAAGUCUACCGGAGGCAAGGCGCCGCGUAAGCAGCUGGCCACCAAGGCUGCUCGUAAGUCAGCUCCUGCGACCGGAGGAGUGAAGAAACCUCACCGUUUCAGGCCAGGAACAGUUGCCUUGAGAGAGAUCAGAAAGUACCAGAAGAGCACUGAGCUUCUGAUCCGGAAGCUUCCAUUUCAGAGGCUUGUCAGGGAGAUCGCUCAGGAUUUCAAGACCGAUUUGAGAUUUCAGAGUAGCGCAGUCGCGGCUCUUCAAGAAGCGGCUGAGGCUUAUCUCGUCGGUCUAUUUGAGGACACCAAUCUCUGUGCGAUUCAUGCCAAGAGAGUCACUAUCAUGCCUAAAGAUAUUCAACUCGCCAGGAGGAUUAGAGGUGAGAGAGCUUAGAAGAGUAUUGUGAGUUGAAUAUCUAGAUCUGUGUUGUUUUCUAGGGUUUCGGUUUUGAGAUCUGGAAAAUUAUGUGCAUCAAUUUGAAAUCUAGUAAAAAGACUCUGAUUUAUCUUCCAUUUAUGCAUGAAGCUAAAUCCGUUUACUUCUAUUGAAGCUUAGAAGUCCUCGUUGCUGCAAGAUAUUGUUAUAAUUUUGAUGCAUUUGUCUUCUACACUUGUAUCGUAGCUUGAUUUUGCGUCAUCCAUUGUUAAGUAAUUCAUCGAUAAAUAGUGAAAAUCUAUGGCGAGGCUGAAAAUAAUGCUUAGCCUACAUAUUUGUAA